UCUCAUGGCGUGGUUAGCAACAGGAAAAUGGUUGUGUUUGAAGGAUUGUGAUUAGGCUCAAUCGUUUGCUGUCGUUCCAAAAUAAAUCUUAUUCCAAGUAAAUUAGCAACAAAAAAAUGGAUGUUACUCACUCAUUUGCAUUACCUCUACAUAUUAAUCCACAACGACUAGAUCCUUGCAUAAGCAGACAAUGGAUUGCCUUGCCGUUAUCAAAAAGUACCAUGGGUUUAUGGAAAACAGACGUUUCAUAUCGUGAAAAAUCAUAUGUAAUAGAAUGUAGGGGCCAUGUGCAAGAAAUAUGUGCAUUUACAUUCAGUAACAGAUUUCCAGUACGAUAUCUUGCAUCAGUAUGCAUGGAGAAGAUUAUGCUGUGGGAUCUCAAUGCUGGAUCCAAUGAAACCAAUGAUAUAACAUCUAAACAAUUUUACCAUAAUGUAAGUGAAAUAUCAGCCAUAUGCUUUAAUAAUUUAGAUGAUAUAAUUGCUAUGGCAGCUGAUAAUAAAAUUGUAAUUUUGAAGUUCAAAUUUAAAGAGCCCAUGUCGUCUUUCGAUGGGCAUCGAGCUAUGAUUACAAAGUUAAAAUUUUGUCCACAUUAUUCAGCAACAUUGGUUUCUAUAUCAGAUGACAGAACUUUUUGUGUGUGGAACAUUUUUGAAAAGCAGCUUCUUUAUCAAUCAACUAUGAUAUCAUCAUCACCUCUAAUAAGCAUCACAAUGAACUUAGUACAUCCACAGGUUGUUAUAGGAACUGCAGACGGAUGUCUUAAAGUUUUUGACUUAACAGAUGGUAACAACUUUAGACCAUUAACAAGUCUAGAUUUAUCAUUACAUCUUAAGAAAAGAUUUGAGCCUGAUACUUUUACUACUUGUCUGCAAGGUAACAGUAUUAAUAGAAAUGUUAAUAAAAAUAUGAAGCAAGAAUUCAGUGAUAAUGAUACCCCAACUGUUAUACAAUCCAGUGAAUCUGUACUAUCAGUUGAAUUUAUUUAUCUGCCACAAAGUUCAUAUCUGGAAGACUCAGAAGGUGAAUGCAUUCCUAUAAUUGGUUAUUCUAGCAUACAAAACAUAUUAGAGCAACAACCCCCAUUAUUGUGUGCCAUUACAACUAAUGCAAUGGUUCUAAUACAUUCCAAAACCUUUGAAGUCACAGAUGCAAUUAACUUUCAAUCACCACUAAAGUCAUGUUCAUUUUCUUCUUUAACUAAUGUUGGCACAGUUGCUUAUGCUGGUAUUAGCCAGACAGAUACAUACAAUGUAGUAGCUGUCGUAGGAGGGAUGAUGUGCAACAAAAUGGAUGUUUUGAACUGUGUACUUUUCAAACAAACAAACCAACAUUCUUCUGAAAAUAGUGAUGGGGACCUCUUCAGCAACCAAAGCCUGAGCAUUGUCCCAGUCAUUUCUCUUUUACCAACAUCACCAUUAAAUUGUAUAUUUUUGCCCCCAGUGGCUAUCAAAAGUAUGACUAGAGGUGAUGUAGCAAGUGGUAAAAAGAACUCAUCAAAUCCAUUAAACCAACCUCUUACUUUCAAAAGCCAAAUUAAAUCUUCUGGAUAUCUUCAACCUGCAAGAACUACUAUGUUUAAACCAAGUACUGAUAAAUAUUCAUUACUGAAUAUGAAAAAAUCUGAUAAUACAUCAAAAAGUAAUAAGAAAAUGUUAAACAAAAGUUUGAAAUCUGAAUAUGAUACCAGCAAAGGUCCCCCAACAGAGUACCAUGGUACUUAUCAAAUUGAUACUCAGACCACUGCAGUUCUAAGUAUGAGAUUUUCUGAUGAUGGAGAAAGGCUAGGAUGUGCUUUGACCAACAAGUUUGGCUUACUUAUAAAAUCACCAUUCAAAGAAGAUCAAUCAAUUCCACUUAUAGGUCACAACAGUACAGUUAAUUCUGUUUAUUUUAGCAAUUGCAGUUCUUAUGUACUUACAGCCUCUAAUGACAAGUCAGUUUGUCUUUGGGGCAAGGCAGGUGGGGAUCCUGUUAUGAAGCUCACCCAUCAAAGAAGCUCAGUUAAAGAAUCAAUGCAAGACAGAUCUUCUGUUACCAAGCCAAGUGCAUCAUUGAAAAGAAAUCCUUUAACAACUGCUAGUGCCAGCUCAUCUUUAUCUCAGCUUUCUUUAAAUGACAAUGCUCCUUAUAGUAAGGAGCUAAAAAAUGCCCAGUUCUUUUAUGUUGAUAAAUUUAUUUUACUUACUCAUGGCCCAGAUUUGUAUUUAUACAAGUACUAUAUCACAGAUGAAAAGGAUGACAUUAAACGUUAUCAAUUGAGAAAUCGUUACAAAAUAGUUUCUUCUUGGCAAACCAGUAGUUCUGCAUUUACUUCAAUGGCAGCUGUUAAUAAUUUUCACUCAUACUUAGUUAUUAGUGCAACUUCAGGGCGAACCAUUGAAAUAUAUGACCUGAAUAAAUCCUUACUUGCGCAUGUUUUCUCAGACUGCCACUCAAGGUCUGUACAUAGCAUUACAAUCAAUGAGAGCUCUUGUUUUUCUUCCCAGCCUCAACAAGCUUUGAAUGUCUUUGCCACAAUCGCACCUACAGAUCCUAUAAAACUAUGGGACAUUCGAACUAAAUCAAAUAUCCAGUCUAUGCAAGGACAUUCAAUCAAAGCUCAUUCCUGUCAGAUCACUUUUAGUCCCUGUGGCAACUUCAUAGCAGCAGGAUCAGAAGACAGAAUGGUUUAUUUGUAUGAUAUAAGGAUGGGGACAUACUGUGAUCGUUUGAAGGGUCACAAUGAAGUUGUCACUAGCGUUGCCUUUCAUCCAGCGAAGCCUUUUUUAGCUACAGGAAGUUUAAAUAGCAAAAUAUUGUUUUUUAAAACAAAAUCAUAAUUUAUGUGAGAAGGUUUUCUUAGUAGCAGUAGCAUUUUUAGCAGCUUGUGAUUAGAGAUGCAUCAUUGCAUCAAUGUCAGUUGUAACCUAUAUACGAUUUAAUGUGAAAAAGAGCUUUUACGUCAAGAUAAAAUAAAAUGUGUAAAAUAAAUUACUAAAUUUUCAUCGACUUUGACCCAUUUUUUAUACAAACAAUGAUGUGUGUUGUUUUUAAAAGAUAAUAUUUAUAAAUAAAGUAUUAAAUAUGCUUAUUAUAUUUAAGUUUUCUUAUGUCUAAAAUGUAAUUAAGAUUUUAUCCUUAUCACAGAAGAACUCUGUAAAGAACUGCAUGAACUGGAUGUCACUGCUAAAUUUGUAUAAAUAUAGGGUGUGAUUUAUGGGCUUGCCAUGAUUGUGAAGUAAAGAAAGACAAGCUAUUUAAAAGACAAUUUAACUUGUAUCGGGGUAAUAGAUUAUUGCAAUUAAUAUUAACAUACUAAUUUGAAAAGUAUAGAAAUUCUAUUUCUUGAUUUUGUAUUAGUAAGUAUUAUUGUAAUAUUCUUGGUUCUUAUUUAUAUUUUCAUCAUUUAUCUUUGUAUUUAGGGUUUUGAAAUUUAUAUGAUUUCAUAUGUAGAUAUUUGCUUUUUGGUAUACAUGUGUUUGUAAUUACAAGUAUCGACUAUGAAAAAAAUGAUGCUCACAAAACAAUGUUUCCCUGAGCUUUACUUUUUAAAAUUUAUUAUUUAUUUUAUUUCUCAUAACUACAAUAACUAGCUUGCAAAAAAAAAGUAAUUUAUUUAAAUUCCUAUCAAAAGGUCUAUUUCUGUUUUCUUUUGACAAAAAAAAUAUUUUUAAACAUAUAUAUAAUUUAUAAAAACAAAAAAUAUCUCCUUUUUGUGUGCUUGCAUGUGUGUAUGUGGAAGGGUAGGGGUAGAUGGCCAUGGAAGUCCCAUUUUUUGGGUUAAAAAAUACAUUUCUACCAGAUAAUAAUACAAUUACAAUUUUGUUGACAGCUUUUGCAUAGAAGGAGGCACACUGACCUAUUUUCCAUCAAUUAAAUUGUUUUAAACUAAAAUUUUUCAUAAAACCUUAAUUUCUUAUAUUUAGUCUAUAGUAUAUUGAAUUUCAGUGAGCAUUAUAAAAAAAAACUCCUUUUAAAUCUUUUGAAAAUAAAGAAAUACUAAUAAUACAUUGAAAUUAUUUUUUCAUGCAGUUUUUAAUGUAAAUAUUCAAUAUGUAUAUUAAUUAUAAAUGACAAAUAAUAACUUGAUUGCAAAUAAUUUUACAAUUCCUUGUA